UUUACGCCAGACAGCCCGUGCAGGUGUGUGAACUAUGGCGGCUGCUUGCAGCCUUGAAACAGCCCAACUCUGACCAAACCUCGCCAGAACAGGUUCUCAUCAAACCACGACGUGGAAGGUUGACUCAGUCUGAUGUAGUUGCAGAUCCACCGUCAUGUGGGGCAGGCGUAGAUCAGGCAUAGUGAGGGCUAUACUGUUGCUGUUAGUGGUGGCAGUAGUAGUUUACCAUGGAGCAAAGUUUUACAUGGACAGUCUAGACAAAGCCACACAACAUGAGGUGAAGAAUAUGGAGCAGGAGGAGACAGAAGAAGGCCCACAGCCAGUUAUUGUGGAUGUUGAAGAGAAGAAGGAACAGGUGAAGCCACAAGUGGACAUCCCCCCUGACCCCCCUCCAUGUGGGAUCCAGCCCCCCUGUAGCAAGGACCAGUUUGCCUUUGUCAUCCGCAGUGGACAGGCCCAGAGAGUUGGACCCAGGAUCUGUUUUGAUGGGAAGGAUAUAAUGAGUGACGACACACACAAUGCAGGAAGGGGCAUGAACAUCGUAGUCAUCGAUGGCCAGUCCAAAGAGGUGUAUCAAGUGGACACAUUUGACUUAUACGAUCAUGAUGAUGCUGAGCUCAUCAAGUUUCUGCAGAACAGGAAGGAUGGCCAGCUGGUCCUGGUUGCUUCCUAUGAUGAUGCUGCCUACAAGUUGACAGAUGAGUCCAGGGACCUGCUCUCAGCGCUGGGAAGUCAACACAUCAAGACCCUGAAGUUCCGGGACAGCUGGGUGUUCCUGGGGUACAAGGGCAGCCAUGGACCCCCGCCCAAGGAGGAGGUGCAGCACCACGUGGACAAGCAGGACGAGUGGCCGCAGCAGGCUGAGAUCCAGGGCUGUGCACCCCUGCCAACUGCAGUUCAGGAGCAGCAGCCGAAGGGUGCCGGAGCUGCAGUUCAAGAGCAGCAGUCGGGGGGCGCUGGUGAGAACAGCUGUGCGAUGUACUCCACCCACUGUGAUGCAGGCUCUCCCGUCUAUGUGUUUGCUGGGGACAAAACCAAGAAUCAUUGGCCUGAGAUAUGUGUCAAUGGACAAUAUGUGAUCAGGGGAGGGAUGAUCGGCUGGCGAGGACUGAACGUGGUUGUGGUGGACAGUAGGACAUUCCAGGUCACUCAGUCUAAAAACAUUGACACCUAUGAGAAAGGGAGUUCUGAGCUGGAGGACCUUGUAUGGAAACUAGACGAGACCAGCCUGGUGAUGAUAGCAACUUAUGAUGAGGCCUCUCGCAAAUUGUCGUCCUAUGCUCGAAGCCUUCUCACCGACAUGGGGAGUUCAAAGGUCAAGGACCUAGGGUACCGAGACAGCUGGGUCUUCAUCGGGCAGAAGGGCAUUGUGGGAGUUUCUCCAUAUGAAAAGCAUGAGAAAGGCGGGGCCGGCAACUUUGGUGGUGCUGUGGAGAUCAAGGCAUGUUUGACCCAGAAAUUGAUUGGUGAGAAGCAGGACGAUACCAACCACCCCACAAACAGCAAGAGGAAGGCUUUCUGUGAUACAUACGGCCAGGGUGGAGACUAUGGAGACUUCUGCGCAGAGGAGAAUCAGAAGGAGUCAUUGUCCCCAGCACCAUUAGGUGACCAGCAGGACUUGAAGGAGAAUGCUGUGUUCUCCACACCUAUCGUCGUCAUUGCAAGGACAGCUCUGAACCUGGUGCAGCAGACUCUGGAGUCUCUCCGACUGCAGCCCGGCAUUAACCCCAGAAUGGUCCAGGUCAUGAGCGAUGGUUCCUUUGAUGAACCCCAGAAACUGACAGAUCUCUAUAGCUUCCAAUGGCAGAGUCUUCAGCCAACUACCAAAUAUGUCUACCAGAUGCAUCAUGCCAUGACUCGAGUCUUUCAGACCUUCAAAGAUUCGAAGUAUGCAAUAUUUAUGGACGAAGGCUUCAGGGCAAGGCCAGGGUUCCUGCGCUAUUUUGCCCAGACUUUAUCCCUGCUGGAUCAAGAUGACUCCAUCUUCAGUGUGUCUGCCUGGAACCACAACGGUUUUGAAGGGCUUUCCCAAGAUGCCAGCCUUCUCUACAGAACUGAAGAUUUCCCAGCAACUGGAUGGGUUGUGCGGAGAUCAGUGUGGGAGUCAGAGGUCAGAGGGAAGGAAGGAGCCUGCUGUAUGGUCUUUCCCUGGCAUGGCUGGUUUGGUGGGGACCUGAAAGGCAAGGAGGUUGUUGUACCAGAUGUGUCACGUGUGGAGUACAUCGUGAAGGAAGGUCUGUUUGAGGACGACAAGUUCAGACAAAAAUACUUCCCUGGGCGCAGGUCAAACAGCGAGCCCCAGCAAGAUGUAUCUGAUGUACAGAAGAUGAACAAAGAUGCAUAUGAGGAGGAGGUGAAACAUCUCAUCAGCUCCAGCACACCUGUCCAGUCCUCCCAAUUCUCCACAUGCCUUAUACAACAGGAACAUUUCAGUGGGCCAUCUGAGAAAGGGAAGGUCUUUACUGUCUACUUCAAACAAGAAAAUCCAACAGACAGAAGAGUUCUACAGAAACUGUGCAGCUGCUUUGGCUUGUUCAGAAUGGAUGAUGACCUACGAGGGCUACACAAGAACAUGCUUAGGUUCACAUAUGAUGGAAAUCAGUAUCUACUGGUUGGGUCUGAGUCUCCCUACAAUGUUCUGAAGCCUAAUGACCUGACAGCUGUCAUGACUGACACAGGGGCAACAGCAUAGGGCAGUGUACAACAAUGUAGCAUUGCAGGGGGGAGUAUAGCACAGCAAGGACAGUAUAGGACAGCAGGGACAGUAUAGGACAGCAGGGACAGUAUAGCACAGCAGGGACAGUAUAGCACAGCAGGGAUAGUAUAGGACAGCAGGGAUAGUAUAGGAUAGCAGGGACAGUAUAU